UGAGCUCCCAUUUAAUCCUCCAGUCUCUAGGAGGCAGGAAUUGUCCCGAUUUUCAGAUCAGGAAACCGAGGCACACGGACACCACAUUAGAAAGCACACAGAAUACAGCGCCGGGAUGUGGAGUUUGACAAUGUGACUUGGGCGGUUACGUCCGCUAAUCACUGCAUUAGAUUGUCUUUGGGCUCUUUAUUUAUACUUGGCUUGCUUAGGAUUCAAAUUUCCUUUUGGCUAUUUCCGGGCCAUUUUUAUCACGUCGGCGAGGAGACGGUGUCACCGUUUACAACGGCCCUUCCGUAAGAGGACUGAGCGCACCGCCCGGACACUUCCCGGAUUCCACGUGAGUCAGAAGUCGCUCAGCGCCGCGCCGGCUCGGCUGCCCCACCCGGAGCGGCGGGCGCCGUUGCCUAGCAACAGCCGCGCCACACCGGAAGCCGAGGGGGUUUUCGGCCUGCGCUCGGCCGCGGCCACUUCUGUCUGAAGCGUCGGAGUUCUGGAUAGGGCAUUGCGCUUCCUGUACUGCGCCACAAGUGGCGCUGGCCUUCCUUUCCCCUCAUAUUUGAAUUUAAAAAACUUGGAAAACCGAGUUUGUGGCAGCAGAGGGCUAGGGAUUCGCUCGGCCGACUGUGUCGGCACCCCUGGGUCGAUUUCUCUCAAGCCUGUUCCCCAAGGGCUGGAACCCAACGCUGCUCUUCCGUGGUCUUGAGAGUUGUGACUUGAGUUCCUAGCCAGCCGGGCGGCGUUCGGCCCCGCCACGUCUGAAAACAGUCUUUGCUGAGGUGAGCGCAGACCAGACGGGCUGGAGCCUGGAGAACGGAAGCUGGGGACACAAGCGAGCGCACUUCACAGACGCACAGAAACAAGGAAGCGGGAAGGGCCGCCGCGGACGCCAGCGCGCCCCCUCAGGAUCCAUGAGUUACUCCCGAAGCUCUCAGCUCGACUCCGGAGCCAGACCGGACGCCGGGCGGGGCGAGGCAGGGCGUUCCCGUCAACCUUGCCAAUCACGCGACUCGGCCCCGCCCCGCCACAUGACCUUCCCUGGCGGAAGCUCGCGGCCGCGCGCUCUAGGGGUCUCCGGACACGCGGAUUCGCGCGCAUCAAUCUAGCCAAUCAGGAGUCUCUUCCGCUCCUGUGCGGCCCCGCCCCUUGGAGCUGCAUCGGCUGACGGCCGCGGCUCCGCGCGGUGUUUGAAUGCUGUGGGGUUGGCGGAGGGCGGUAGCGUGCUUCGGCCCAGGGGGGUGUCUGAGUGCUGGGCUUCGGGGGCUUGCUGAAAAGCCAGAGGUAACCCAAGAUUUCAUUUUCAAGAUGGAAAGCCCAUCAGACUCAGCGGUGAUUGCACCUAGCACCCCACAGGCCUGUGCGAAUCCGCCAUCUUCCCUUGCAAGGAGCUCAGGAAAACAACCUAUGAGUGCAACACUUAGAGAAAGAUUAAGGAAAACAAGAGUUUCAUUUAAUUCCUGUUACAGUGUGGUAAAACGUCUUAAAGUUGACAAUGAAGAAAAUGAUCAGAACUUGUCAGAGAAGCCACCCUCUGCCACAGAAGAAAACUGUUUGGAAUUUCAAGAAAGUUUUAAACGCAUAGACAGUGAACUUGAAGAAAGUACGCAUUUGAAAAAUACAUUCCAGAACGUCAGUGCAUGUGAAGCUACCUCACUUGAUACAGGGUCAUGCAGUGUUCUCCAAAAUGACUUCAUGAAGGAGAAUCUUCCUAUACAAGGACUGAAGGAAGAAAGAGCAAAAUUGGUGAAGCAGGUUCAGGAAAAAGAGGACCUUCUUCGGAGGCUAAAAUUAGUCAAAAUGUAUAGAUCGAAGAAUGACCUGUCUCAAUUACAGUCAUUAAUAAAGAAGUGGAGAAACUGUAGCCAGUUGUUGCUUCAUGAACUGCACUCAGCUAUGUCUGAAGAGAACAAGAAGUUGAGCCUCACUCAACUGGUGGACCACUAUGGGUUAGAUGACAAGUUGAUACACUAUAACAGAAGUGAAGAAGAAUUCAUAGAUGCUUAAUUCAUAAUUUUUUUUCCAGAAUAUCUUUGAGAAUGCCAAUUUAAUUAAAAGAUACACAUUUCAGGGCUUAGAGGAAGGUAUUCUGUUGAACAUCAGUUUAGGGCCCUCUACUAUACAGACUAAGUUCUAAAAUGAGAAUUUAGUAUUUUGGCUAACUUUACCAAAAAGAAGUUGACAUUUAAAGAAAUGUGAAAUAAAUUUAAAUCAUGCUUAUAGGAUAAAAUUCAGAUAAGUCUGGAAACCAGUUUUAGUACAUGUUUUUUUGUGGCAAAAAGUUUUAAAUGUUAAAGAACAGUCCAGUCUGGUGAAUCUAAACCUGUCUAAAAAUUCCUGUCUGUUAACUAAGUUUAUGAAUCUUAUUUCUAUCCAUUUACUGUGUAUUUCCAUCUGAUGAUCUAGCAGGUAAUUAAACCAUGUCCAAAAUCAAA